AUGACGGCGAUCAAAAUUCUCGAGCUGCCGAAAGCGAAACCCUUGGGAUCAAGAUUCCGCUUUUUUCUACUCAUCAUCGUUUUCUUUUGUCUCACUGCAAUCUGGUCCAACAUCUUGACUUACAAUAUCGCUAUCGUGUGCAUCAACUCGCCCAAACACAACACAACAGCUCGCCACUUUACUGAUGGAGAAGAGACGUUGGCCGUAGCUUUUGUGGCGAUUGGGACAAUUGUCGCGACGGGUCCAGUGAUCUUUUUGAUCAAUCGCUAUGGAACAAGGACAAUUCUUGGAGUUCUGGGACUUUUCUCCUCGGUGGCCACUCUUCUGAUCCCGUUGACUAUCAAUCACUCAAUCGCCGCUUUCUACGUGUUGCGUGUGAUUCAAGGAUUAGCCUUAGCUUGCAACAUGCCGGCUGUCGGGCAUUUCAUCGAGCGAUGGACCUAUUUCAAGCAGAAAGGAAUGUUUGUGUCAGUGUUGGUGACCUACGUCCAAUUGGCUCCUGCCUUUACCAAUCCAAUCUCAGGAGCCUUAUGUUCGGUGUCUGGGUGGGAGUCGAUCUUUUACUUCCAAGGUGGUCUCUCGAUUGGGCUCUUUGUAAUUUACGUGAUCGCUUUCCGUAACAAUCCCGAGAAACAUCCUUUUGUUGGGAACACGGAGAAGCGCAAAAUCUCGACAGGAAAGGACAGCGGAGAGAAGUCCCCGAUUCCCUAUUGGUCGAUUCUGAAAACGCCAUCAAUUUGGGCUGUGUGGGUGGCUGGUUUCGGGAACUUUUUCCUUUUGAACAUGCUCUUUCUCUAUCAGCCCACCUACUUGAGCAAGGUUGUCGGUUACAACGCCGAGAGCACGGGUUUUACCUCAGCCGUUGUGCCAAUUGUGGAAGGAAUCGUUAAAGUGAUUUGUGGAACUCUUUCGGAUCGAUUGCCAAUUCGAGAAUCGAUUAAAAUGCGUCUUUUCAACACAGUGGCUUUCGUCGGCUCGUUCGUUGUGCUUUGGGUGGUCGCCUUCGCUCACAUUCGCAAUGGGCCAGUGAACUUGGUACUUUUGGGUUCAGUGGGCGCGUUUCUAGGAGCGAACACGGGUGGAUUCUUCCGAGCAGCUGCUGUUCUCUCAAAACAGUACAGUGCAUUCGUAACGGGAAUCAUCUCUCUUUGUGUAGCAAUCACAAUGCUCAUUUUGCCAUUCUUCGUACAAAGUGUCACCAAACAGAACACUCAAGGACAAUGGAAACUCGUCUUUCUCGUCGUCGGAGCUGUCGUUUUGAUCUCUAACAUCUUCUUCGUGAUUUUUGUCCGUGGCGAUCCGUGUUGGUGGACGGAGGUGACGGAGGUAGAAUCAUCAAAUUCAAAAGAGCCAAACAGCGAGAAUGCUCCAAAAGAAGAAAAAGAAGUGGAAACGAAG